AUGGAUUUUAUUAACGCGAAAAAUCUGGAUAUCUUAGAAAACAAAGUCCAAAUUAAUAAAGCAAAGAUUCAGCAGCAGUUCGAAGCCAGACAAAAGAGCUACGCGGAGAAAAAGUUAUUUUACGAAAAACGCAUCGCAGACUUAGCCGAAUGCCGUAAAAUUGAUAAAUUUAUAAAAAUUGCUAAAAAUGAGGCAAGGUCAAAUCGAUUUUGCUUUGCAUCAUGUACCGUGAAGACAAAAGAGUUAUAUAAAAAUAUAAAGCUUGUAUCGGACAUGAACAACAGAGACCGAAGAAAAGCAGCCCUACUGGAACAGAUAAAGAUCGAUCGACCUUUCAUAAAAGAAGAAAAUGCAUUGAAACUACAUGCCAAAGUAAUAAAAAAAAGGCACGAAGAAAGUUUGAAGCGAGAACUUUGGUUAAAAAAAAGAAAUACAAUAAAUAAAAAGCCCAAGGUUGACAAAAUACAAAUUACAAAGGAUCUGUGUAGCUAUGUUAAAAACACUAACAAGCGUCCAAUAUUCGAUGACGAACAAGUCUCAGUCAACACUAUGUUUCAAAAUCGAUUGAAAAAUCUUCAAGCCAAUUUUAAGACUUGCGAACAAGGUCAAGCGUUCUUCAAUGUAACAAAACCACUAUGGAACGAAGUGACGCAAUGCCUGGGAAAACAAUCAUCGGUCAUCGUGGAAUCAAAAUCUGGAAUGACGCUCAAGUAUAAACAAAAAUACAUGGAAAAUGCCUUGUUAAGUAUGUCACAGAACAUAAACUAUUCAACUCUGUUGCUGCAGCAAAUCAUGGGAAACGAUAAAAACUAUUACAUGGACGACAAGGUGUUAAUAGUGUUGAUAAAAAAAAUCAUCAAUCUAUUCCCGCCGGACACGUCGGUAAAAGAAAUGAUUGGAACGAUCAGACUCGCCGUGGAACACGAAGCGGACGCCAGGGCCAGCGCGAGUUUCAUAGUGACCGGUUUGAGCAGAAAAUGCGUAUUCGAGUACGCGAAAAGGGAGAUUUCCAAAACAGUGUUCGUCAACUUACGGAGAACCAUCGAUCGAUUGCAGCACGUCAACGCAAUAGUGACGGACGACAUAGUCGCGACCAAAGAACCGGAGCUGGUGAAAAUGGCCAUAUACGAUUUGCUCAGCAGCGAUGACUACACCGAGUUGGACGGGCCGAUGGACGACGAAUCUUACGUCGCGCUCGUAACGAACGACCCCCUCGGCAGAAUGUUACCGGUGUUGCAGUCCCGACGUUAUCGCCUGUACUACGCCAACGUCCCCGUUGAAUUCACGAAGUUUCCCGGUCGCGACAAACUGACAAAGUCGUUCGACAAAUUGAUCGACAUGUUCCUGGAGCUGGCGUACAUGGAUACCGCGAGUUUCGUGGCGACACCCGAUCCCAACGAAGAUUAUUUCGUCGACAAAAAGAAAGUUGAGCUGCCCGCCAUCGGCAUGAUGAAUGUGUACAGGAUCGCGCGAAAACUGUCGAAGCUCUUGUUCGGCAUGUUCCGGACGGACGAGAAUACCAUCAAACACUACUCCUUGACCUCUAAAGCGUACAUGCUGAUGGCCGGCAACAGGUCGCCGCGAAUCAAGUACGACAGGUGCGAAUACAAGUAUCCCGGGCCCGCGAUAGACGUGGAAUAUUUCAUUUCGAAGUUAAUAGAAGAACAUAAAAGGUACUCGUGA